AUGUCACCGGAUCUGAACUCCCUUGCCCCAUCCCGCUCAUCUUCAACCUCCUCCUCAAUUCCGCAACGUAAUAUGCCCCCUCCUGCAACUGGUCCAGCGCCCCUCAACCUGAACACCGCCUCACCAAGGCCUUCCCAUGGCUCAAGCAUACGCCGACCGUCGGUAUCCGAACGACGUCGGUCCGCUGCGGGAAUGAAUUUGAACGAGAUACAGGGCACUAGUCCAGGAGCUAGCAGUGAGUUACCUGCAUCAGAUUAUCGCGACCAUCGCAGCUCGAUCGGACAUGCAUUUCGCACAGCCAGCCCAUCCAGCCACGGUGGAAGUCCCAUCUUCGCGACAGCCGAUCCCCAUCAUCAUCGAGCACCCUCAUUGGGAGAGCUACACCAAGAGUUAGAGCAAGAACAGGAAGCACAAGUGAACCGUCUUCUUCAGAUGAUCCGCAGCCAGCAAGCCCAAUUGCAGCAAUAUCAGCAGCAACAUAACCCGCAAUCAACCGCUGCAAUCGAUGAUACAACCCCGGCAUCGGAACGGUCGGCCUUCUUCCCCCCUGGCCCAGCAGCACCUCCAGCAAGCAAUAGGUUAUCUGUGUCUUCUUCAUUUUCAACCCGCCGAAACUCACGACCUUCAAGUCAAGCGACGUCGCCGAAUCUGCGACCAUUAGACUCGCGUGGACCGGAGAGCAUGGAGCCAUUCUCGGGCUUGCGGGAUAGCCAAAGUCGGCGCGGGAGCCGGGAUGAGAGUGCCUUUUACCAAGCCGAAGCGAGCUCGCUAGCCCGAGAAAAUGUGCUCCUUAGGCAACGGAUCCGGGAACUAGAGAGACAAAUCGGUGGUCUGACGACUUCCCAGAGCGCGUCAUCUGCGACAACUACUUCGGGAAUUGCGUCCGGACAGGCGGGGACCGAAACCGCGGACCCGCCUGCCGUGGGUUCGACGCGAGACGGCAAAGACUGA